AUAAUUCAAGUACGGAAGAAAUUCCAAAACUUAUUCUGGACAUAAUUAAAGCAAUGAAAUAGUCGUGAGCAAUGAUUAAUAAGAACUUUCAUUAAUUAACAUGCUUAAAAACAAUGAAUAAGGACGAGCUUUUGUGGAACAACUCUGUCACGUUCAAAACAUAAUGAUGUGACAUUCUUGACAAAUGUUGAGACUAGUAAUAUAGUCACGGUAACAAUAAAUUGUGCAAUUUCAGCGCAUUUUCAUAAAUCAAAUCUAGUGUAUCGGGUAGAAACCCAAUGCGGAUUAUAUUCACACCGUACCAUCAAAAGUCUUAUGGAAAGACCAAGAUUUACCCAGCAUAAGUAUGAAGGUAUGAAGCUUAAUAAGUCAACUGAGUUUCGCUCAGCAUAAGUUUGAAGCUAUAAAGCUAGCGAGUCAGCUGAGCUUCGCUCAGCAUAAGUUUAAAGGUUUAAAGAUCAACGAACAUUCUUUAAGUUUUUUAAAAAAAUUUUUCAUCCAAAGUUGAAUUUUAUAAAAAUCACAGUCAACUUUUGUUUUGUAAAAUUCGUAAGAAAGGAAAGUUUUUUGCUUUUUCUGAAGCAACGGCUGUUCCUUAUUUGCCCAAAAACAAUACAGCUCUUCUAUAGAGCAGCACGGAUCAAAUGUAAAAAACUAGAAGUACUUACGAUGUCUCGUUAUUGUGAUUUCUUGCUGAUUAACUUGCUUGUUUGCUUGCUUACAGAAAGCGUAUUUUGCGAUUUUCUCAAUCAUUAAACCACACUUUAAUUAAAAUUUGUAAAUCUUAUUAUAUUCACACCGUUUUCACGUGUGAAUCUAUUGGUUUUGUUCAGAUUGAAAAACCAGUUUUUCGCAUUUUGUGAGAAAACGAAGCAAAAUUGGUUAUAAAAGGUCUCAGAAGAAAAGUUUGUGCCUGAAAUUUUACAUCAUUUUCAAAAAACAGAUUUCAAAUUGGUUGCAAACAAGCAUGCAAGUUAAUCAGCAAAAAAUCUCAAUAAAGAGACAUCGUAAGUACUUCUGGUUUUUUACAUUUGAUCCGUGCUGCUCUAUAGAAGAGCUGUAUUGUUUUUGGGCAAAUAAGGAACAGCCGUUGCUUCAGAAAAAGCAAAAAACUUUCUUUUCUUACGAAUUUUACAAAACAAAAGUUGACUGUGAUUUUUAUAAAAUUCAACUUUGGAUGAAAAAUUUUUGUAAAAAACUUUUAAAGAAUGUUCUUUAAACUUUAGACCUUCAAACUUAUGCUGAGCGAAGCUCAGUUGACUCGCUAGCUUUAUAACUUCAAACAUAUGCUGGGCAAAUCUUGGUCUAUCCGUAAGACUUUUGAUGGUUAGGUGUGAAUAUAAUCCGCAUUGGGUUUCUACCCGAUACACUAGUUGAUAUUUGUCAACAACUGUUCUUUGAGAUUCAAAUUGUGCAAUAAUGUUUGAGACUACAGGACAGAAAGAAAAGAGUUGCGCAUUGUUAGGGAAAAUGAUAACAAAAAUUAUUUUUUCAAAGAAAUUUUCUCGUUUUUAAAUUUUCACCGAUUUUCCACAAACGAAAAUUAAUUACCGUAUAUAGAAUAGCUUGAGAAAGAUCAAAAGUACGACAUAAACUCAAAACAUCUGAAUUUAAUGAGACUUUCAUUAAAAAAAUCGUAAUUUUUCAUUUUCCGCUAUUAUAAUUUUUUUUUGUGUAUAGUUUUUCUACUAUUUUAAAAAAAUUAUGUCAAACAAUGAAAUAUUGAGUAUUGAUGAUCAGACUUUAGUCAGUAUUAUGAACAAAAGGCAUCGAUCAGCAGCAAAAUCCUUUAAAUCUCCGCCACAACCAAAAUUUUGUAUUAGAGAAACUUUGGGUGAUGGAUCUAAAGAUGUUUUUAUUAAUGUCUUAUCAUAUUCACGGAUCGCAAAUCAAUUAUCAGAGUUUGACCCGGUUCCAUUGUAUGGAGGCAUGCAGAUCCGAUCAUUUAACUCGUUAAAAAGUUCUCUGCAACUCCAGGCACAACAGCAAUUACCAUCACCUCAAUUACCUCCAACUCAAUUAAUUUUUGCCGUUAUGGCAUCGCCAGAAGUAUUAAAGAAAACGGGAAGAAACUGUCCAGAAACGCCUGAACAAUCGAAUUUAGUUGAAUUAAUGUGUGAAUUCGUUGAAGCGAUGAAUCCUGGCCUAGCAUUAUCAAAAAAACCUGAAAUUUUAAAAGAUCGAGAUUUGACGGGUGAAUUAAAAGAUAUAUGGAGUGCUGUUCAGAAUUUUAGAGAGAAGGAAAAAUCAGGAGUGUCCGAUAUUGUUGUUUAUACAGAAUUCGGACCAGAUAGUGCAACACCUAUAUCGCCUAUACAGAAAUGUAUGGAAGAAAACAUAGAAUCAAUUAUGAACAAUGAUGAAAAUUCAAAUGAAAUGAAUACUCAAGAGAAAGCAGCAGAUGCGUUGUCGGAACAGAGCAUUGAAUCAACCGCACUAGCCAAUAACAUUGUAGAAUCGCCAAACACGACAAGUUUAGAGAGUGAAAAUGUAGCUAUUGAGAAACUAUCACUGAGUGAUAAAAAGUCAAAAAAUAAUAACUCUAAUAUUAAUGAAAAUGAAUCUAGUGAAAAAAUUGUUAAAGUCCAAAAUCAAAAGAAUAAGGAAUCUCAACAUCAUUUCUUUCCGAAAUUUUUAACAUCAAGCAAAGUGAAAGAUGACACGGCGAAAGAUAAGGAUAAAGAUAAAGAGAAGUAUGAUGAGCAGGAGACAAAGGUAAAGACAAAGAAAACCCUUAAUUUUUUUCGGCGCAACAAAAGCUCUACAAGUUCGCCAACUCAUAAUAGUAAUAGUGAUAGUUCCAAUAAUCCUAAUAACAAUAUAACAGCUGAUUGAGCAAACUGACAAGCUUCAAAUAUUAGAUUUAUGCUACAUGUGAAUAUCUUAAAAUUGAACAUAGGAUAUAUCUGUUUUAAAAGAUAUAUAUACAAUGAGAAUCAAUGAACAAAUCUGGUUGAAAAAAUAUUCUUAUGCAUUAUGGUAAAAAUAUGAAAAAUGGAUGUAGGAAUAAGCAGAACAAAACAUUCAUGCAAACUGCCUAAAGCUUCAGUCAUUUUUACUUUAAAUUAGGAUUUAGUAGAAAUUAUUUAUAUAUUAAGGAGACGAUUAUGAACAAAAAAAAAAAAACAAUUGAAAUUUUUUAAAAAUUGAGCACACAGGUUUGUUUGUUUCUCGUACUAUUUUUAUCACUAGAGAUAAUAAAUCUAACUGAAUUUGGAAGAAAACAUUCUUAGAUGAAUGAUGAUAGCUUCAAGCCUAGUGCAAAACGCACUAAAAACUUCUCGUUUUGCUCACAAACAAGUUGUAGCUGAGUGAGAAGCAUUUUUAUCUACUUAGAGAUUAUAGCUGCGUCUAAAGCAUAAUAAUUAAACUUCCUCUUGUAGUAAAGCGCUAAAAAUUAAAUUAUUUUACAAUCAAAAAAUAGUAUAGAGAGAAUCUGAAAGAGUUGCGUGAUGUUGUGUACAUAUGAUUUGAGUAAUGUUUACAUUUCUGACUUCUGUGUUUAAAAGUAAAGUCAUCGAAUAUUGACUACUGCAUUUAUUUAUUUCUCUCUUCCUUACUUAUUUUUAAAUUAUAACCCUAUUCCAUGUUUCAACAGACAGUCAAUCUAGACCAUACAUACAUACAUACACAAACUGCCAUGUAGAACUGAAUUUACAUUUCUUUCUUAUGAUUUUUUUUUUUAUUUUUCUAUCUUUUUUAAAGAAAAAUAUUUACUGUACAUUCGUUAAAGAAUAAUAGAAAUAGAAAUAACAAUAACAGAGGAUCCUCGAUUUCAAAUUUUAUUUCAUGUCUAAGAAAACUCUAUCCAAAUCGAAGAUCCUUCCAGUAAAAAAAUGAGCAUACCGACUUUUUAAGACGAUAAUAGAAUAUUGUAUAUUAAUAUUUAUGUUUUUAAAUUAUUUUAACUUUUUUAUACAUUUUUGUAUUGAAGUAAUGAAAGUAAGUAUUACUAAAAGGUGAAGAUUUUAGAGAAAUAAUGAUGAAAAAUAUGAGAUUUUGUAUUUAAUAAUAAUAAUAAUAAUAAUAAAUAAAAUAAUAUAAAAAAAUAAUAAUAAUGCACAAGACUUGACAGUGCUAGAAGGUGACUUAAUCGUAAGACUGUAUUUUUUACGCAUGCAAAGUAAAUUAGUAAUAAUUAACUGCUUCGGCAAGCAUAAGACAGUUUUCACUGUUUUCCAUCAAAAUCUAAGAUCUCAAAUUUUGUUGCACUGACUAUAAUUAUUUUUACAAAUUUUACUUUUUUCUUACAUUAAAGAUCGAUUGCACUAUUAUCACCACGAGUAUAAAGCAUGCAACACCAAAGAAGUAGAAAAACAUUCUACAAAUUAAACGAAUUUUCCGCUCUUUCUCGAGUUUCAUUUGCAGCAUUCUCGUUUUAUGGUAGUCUAGCGUAAAUGACCAAAUGUCAUAGUUAUUUCUUCUUUUCUCCUUGUUCAUUUUAAUCUUUACCAUUCUAUUCUUUUUUGGCUUAAUAGUUAUAGUAUUUAAUUGGUAUUUUUGCCAUUGCUCAAUAAUUUGAUCGUCAGGAUUUCGAUAAAUUAAAGAAAUUUUCUCGCGUUCAUUGUAGCGUGGAGGUGGAAUCGGUGCAUCGUUAACAAGAUUAUCAUUAUUUUCUUCAGCAAUUAACAUUGAGUAAUAUUCCACCGAAUUGGUAUCAAAGUUGCUGUUGAAUGAGUACUUAUCGUAGCAAUUUUUCAUAAAAAAUCCAUCAAAAUUCAUACUUUUGCAUCUUUCGUAAUCAGAUAUUGAAUCAUUGGAGUAAUAACUAACCGCGUCUGUUUGGCUAAAGCUUAUAUUAUCGUAAUUUCCAACAUUACUACCGGUCGUAUGCAUUUCCUUCUUUAAGAAAGCAUUUUUCAUGUGAACAAUAUUUGUUUUUUUCGACAUAUUCUCUGAAAAUCUUUUCAAUUCACUUUCUUUCCUUUGAUUGAUCAUUUCGACAUAUUUUGCUAAUUCCUUCUUUAAUUCGUCUAUUUUCGACACUAAUUGUGUUGAUGGCCCAUCGUCUUGAUGAUGCUCUUUACACGUUUUUAAAUAUUGCUCCAACUUUUGAUGGAUAUACUCAAUGUACUGAAUGUUGUGAAAAUUUGAGAGCGAUGAUGUGGAAAUGGCAUCUUCAUUAACUUGAGCAUUUGGUUUGUUACUUUUAUUGCCUAACGCAAUAGCUGCAUUAUAGUUAUUUUCAUUAAUUGAUUUACCAUCGAUGGAUUCAAGAUCAUCAUUAGAAAUAUUUUCAAAAUUGAGUAAAUAAGCGUUUAAUAUGUUGGAACUUUGUGACAUCAUAUGAUUUGCAUCUGAUCUUGGUGGCAGUGCAUCUAAAUAAGUUUCUAAACUACUUUCCAAUCGUUUCAUAUCUUGUUUCUCCUUUCCUCUAUCCCAUACUGCAUUCGAUUGCAUCUUUUCGUCCACGCUAUGCGUUGAUGUAGUAAUUGCUAUUGAGCCAAUUCUUUACGAAUUAUGCAA